AUGAAAUACUGUUUUUAUGUACUUAUAAUAAUUGGUUUUUUGGGAAACAUCUAUUGUGAAAAGAAUAAAUUUGAUAUUAGUGAAAAUUCAAAAAGUUGUAUUAUUGAUGUACCAAUUGUUCAACAAUUUAAAGGCGAAUGUAUAAAGUUAAGUUUUAAUGUUUAUGGAUGCGCCGCUGGAGUACAUCUUGAUCCUUUUAACAGUGAUUGUAUGAAGUUUCAAACAUAA